GAGCGCGCGCGCGAAUCGCGCGGUACUACCGUCGCCCGCAGGUUCGGCCACAAGCCCCGGAGCCCCGCCCCUUCCCGCGAGGCGUCUCCAAAGUCCCUGCCCCGCCGCGGAGCGUCACUUCCGCCAUCCCCGGCCGGGGUUGGGGCGGGGCGCGCCGGGGAGGGGGCCAGGUCGGCGGGAAGCUCGCCCGUGCCGGAGCCCGCGCCUGAACAGGGACUACAUUUCCCGAGGGGCCUAGGCGGCGGCUGCGGCGACGGGCGCGGCAACGUCCCCCGGAAGUGGAGCCUGGGACUUCCACUCGUGCGUGAGGCGAGCGGAGCCGGAGACGAGACUAGAGGCCGAACUCGGGUUCUGACAAGAUGGCCGGGCUGCCCCGCAGGAUUAUCAAGGAAACCCAGCGUUUGCUGGCAGAACCAGUUCCUGGCAUCAAAGCAGAACCAGAUGAGAGCAACGCCCGUUAUUUUCAUGUGGUCAUUGCUGGCCCUCAAGAUUCCCCCUUUGAGGGAGGGACUUUUAAACUUGAACUAUUCCUUCCUGAAGAAUACCCAAUGGCAGCCCCUAAAGUACGUUUCAUGACCAAAAUUUAUCAUCCUAAUGUAGACAAGUUGGGAAGAAUAUGUUUAGAUAUUUUGAAAGAUAAGUGGUCCCCAGCACUGCAGAUCCGCACAGUUCUGCUAUCGAUCCAGGCCUUGUUAAGUGCUCCCAAUCCAGAUGAUCCAUUAGCAAAUGAUGUAGCGGAGCAGUGGAAGACCAACGAAGCCCAAGCCAUAGAAACAGCUAGAGCAUGGACUAGGCUAUAUGCCAUGAAUAAUAUUUAAAUUGAUCCGAUCAUCAAGUGUGCAUCACUUCUCCUGUUCUGCCAAGACUUCCUCCUUUUUGUUUGCAUUUAAUGGACACAGUCUUAGAAACAUUACAGAAUAAAAAAGCCCAGACAUCUUCAGUCCUUUGGUGAUUAAAUGCACAUUAGCAAAUCUAUGUCUUGUCCUGAUUCACUGUCAUAAAGCAUGAACAGAGGCUAGAAGUAUCAUCUGGAUUGUUGUGAAACGUUUAAAAGCAGUGGCCCCUCCCUGCUUUUAUUCAUUUCCCCCAUCCUGGUUUAAGUAUAAAGCACUGUGAAUGAAGGUAGUUGUCAGGUUAGCUGCAGGGGUGUGGGUGUUUUUCUUUAUUUUUAUUUUUUUUUGAGGGGGGAGGUAGUUUUAUUUUUAAUUUUAUGGGCUCCUUUCCCCCUUUUUUGGUGAUCUAAUUGCAUUGGUUAAAAGCAGCUAACCAGGUCUUUAGAAUAUGCUCUCUAGCCAAGUCUAACUUUAUUUAGACGCUGUAGAUGGACAAGCUUGAUUGUUUGAACCAAAAUGGGAACAUUAAACAAACAUCACAGCCCUCACUAAUAACAUUGCUGUCAAGUGUAGAUUCCCCCCUUCAAAAAAAGCUUGUGACCAUUUUGUAUGGCUUGUCUGGAAACUUCUGUAAAUCUUAUGUUUUAGUAAAAUAUUUUUUGUUAUUCUACUUUGCCUUUGUACAGUUUAUUUUACUGUGUUUAUUUCAUUUUCCCAAUGUGACAAUCGUAUUUUAAAAUUAAAACUAUGGAACAUUCUGUCUUGGUCUUCACCAUCUGACAAAUUGAAUGGCAAGAGGUGGAUUUCGCCUGUUUCUUUUCACUGAUGCGGAUUUGUGUUAAGAUAGUACUGAAUGGAGUAUUUAUAAACUGGCCCUGAGCAUGCAUAAAGCAUCAGUAUCUGACCUUUUUUUAACCUCCUAGGAAUUUGAAAUAAAUGUGUUUGUGUUGUCUGAUUAGACGAUCAUUGGUGUCUUGCCACAAUGUUUAAAAAUUACUGUACAGGAAAGUCACAGCAAAGAUAGCAGUUGUGACUGACAUGUAGGACUUUCACAGUUGUGCCACAUUUUUGCCUAAAAUUUGGGUUAUGACGUUUUUCUUGGUUCUUGUCUGAAAAUUUCAUCUGUAACCUUUCAUGUGUGUUAUUAAGAAACACUGAUCUGAUAAUCAUUUGGGAUUUGCUGAGGCAUUUGUGAGUCUUCCUUAUAAACCUGAUGAGCAGAUCUCAAGCAUCCAGCUUGCGUGUCAUCAGAAAGGUUUAUUCCUUUGAGAGUAGCAAGUCCUCCAUUAAUGAUUCUUGCUUUCAUCCCUCUAGUAUUUGCUAUGGGAGCUCCUUUUAUUCUUUAAUUUGGAAUUCAGUAAUUGUUCUUCUUUAUUGACAGAAUUCCUCCCUUCACAAAACUGUUCUUUCCCACUUCUCUCCAUAUCUAAUUCCUGAUUCUUGUAAUUUUUAAGUCAUAAAUGUAGCCAGUCAUAAAUACAUAAAUGUGUUAACCUUUGGGUUGGAACCUUGUCUCUUGCAGUUUAAGGUAAUGGAUAUUGUAGCCCAUCUGAAUUUUCUUCACUCUUUUUCUCGUAAUUCUGGAGUUUCUUCAGAUUGUGGUGUAUUUUAUUGUGCUCCUAUGUAAGAUGAAGAAUUAACUAUUAAAAUUACAUUUUCAACAUA